UUUUUCUCCAACCCCCUUCAGACCGAGGGAAAGAAGAAAUACUACAGGAAGAUCUGUGUGAAUGAUGAAGAGCUGGAAGUGGGCGACUGUGUCUCUGUUUCCUCAGAAGACCCCUCAGUGCCCCUCUAUCUGGCAAGGAUCGCAUCACUGUGGGAGGACCACACUGGGAAGAUGUUCCAUGCCCACUGGUUCCUUCGUGGGACUCAAACCGUGCUGGGAGAGUCUUCUGACCCGCUGGAGCUCAUGCUUGUGGACGAGUGUGAGGACAUGCAGCUCAACUAUGUGCAAGGCAAAGUUAACGUCAUGUACAGGGCCCCGUCUGACAACUGGUUUAUGGAGGGGGGGAUGGAUGAGGAAAUCAAGGUGAUAGAGGAUGACGGGAAGAGUUUCUUCUAUCAGUUCUGGUAUGACACAGACUACGCUCGCUUUGAGUCUCCUCCCAAGACCAAUCCAACAGAAGAUUGCAAGUUCGGGUUCUGUCACAGCUGUGCUAGGAUUAACGAGCAAAAGGAACAGAAGACCCCUCGUGCGUUUGAACCCCUGCUGGACAAGGAGCAUGACUCUAAGGUUUGUUAUGCCCUGGCCUGCUAUAAGGGGGAUCAGUUCAAGGUGGGAGACGGCGUCUACCUGCAUCCUGACGCUUUUAAUUUCAGUGUGAAGCCAGCCAGUCCCGUGAAGCGCUCCCAUAGGAAACAGGAUGUGGACGAGGACCUGUAUCCAGAAUAUUACAGGAAGUCCUCCGACUACAUCAAGGGAUCCAACCAGGAUGCUCCAGAGCCUUUCCGCAUCGGUCGCAUCAAGGAGAUCCUCUGUCAGAGGCGUAGCAACGGGAAAGCCGAUACCUCAGAGGUCAAACUGCGGCUCUACAAGUUUUACAGGCCUGAGAACACUCACAAAGGAGUCAAAGCCAGUUACCACACAGACAUCAAUCAGCUGUACUGGUGUGAUGAAGAGGUGACGGUCAGCAUGACUGAGGUGCUCGGCCGCUGUCAAGUAGAAUAUUCAGAAGACCUAAAUGAGUCAGUCCAGGACUAUUCCAGUGGUGGACCUGACCGCUUCUACUUCUUGGAGGCCUAUAACGCAAAAACAAAAGGUUUUGAAGACCCUCCAAAUCAUGCUCGCUCAGCUGUCACUAAAGGCAAAGGGAAGGGCAAGGGCAAAGGUAAAGGCAAAGGAAAGGCUGCAGCGGCACAGGAGCCUCAGGACUCUCAGAAUGACGCACAGUCACUUAAAGUGCCCAAGUACCGCACGCUGGACGUCUUCUCCGGCUGCGGAGGCCUUUCUGAAGGCUUCCACCAGGCUGGUAUGAAUGAGACUCUGUGGGCCGUAGAGAUGUGGGAGCCCGCCGCUCAGGCCUUCAGGCUCAACAACCCCGGCACCACAGUGUUCACUGAGGACUGCAACGUCCUGCUGAAGCUGGUCAUGUCUGGUGAGAAGACCAAUUCUCUCGGCCAGAAACUACCCCGGAAAGGAGACGUGGAGAUGCUGUGUGGAGGCCCUCCCUGCCAAGGCUUCAGCGGGAUGAACCGCUUCAACUCUCGCACUUAUUCCAAGUUCAAGAACUCGCUCGUGGUCUCCUAUAUCAGCUAUUGUGAUUACUACAGACCCAAGUUCUUCCUGCUUGAGAAUGUGAGGAACUUCGUCUCCUUUAAAAGCUCCAUGGUUCUGAAGCUGACUCUACGCUGUCUUGUGCGCAUGGGCUACCAGUGUACUUUUGGUGUCCUUCAGGCCGGUCAGUACGGCGUUGCUCAGACCCGCCGCAGGGCCAUCGUCCUGGCUGCGGCUCCUGGAGAGAAGCUGCCUCGCUUCCCUGAGCCGCUGCAUGUGUUCGCUCCUAGAGCUUGCUCUCUCAACGUGGUGGUGGACGAAAAGAAAUACGUCAGUAAUGUCACAAGAGGUAAUGGAGGAAUCUACAGAACCAUCACCGUCAGAGACACCAUGUCGGACCUGCCAGAGAUCCGCAAUGGUGCAGCAUCGUUGGAGAUUUCCUACAACGGAGAGCCUCAGUCCUGGUUCCAGAGGCAGAUCAGAGGCACUCAGUACCAGCCAAUCCUCCGAGAUCAUAUCUGCAAGGACAUGAGUGCUCUGGUUGAAGGGCGAAUGCGUCACAUCCCGUUGGCGCCGGGCUCUGAUUGGAGGGACCUGCCCAACAUGGAGGUCCGUCUGAGAGAUGGCACCAUUUCCAAGAAACUGCGUUUCGCGCACCCAGAUAAAAAGAACGGCCGCAGCAGCACCGGGGCCCUCAGAGGGGUCUGCGCGUGUUCAGCAGGGACCCCCUGCGACCCUGCAGACCGGCAGUUUAACACCCUGAUCCCCUGGUGUCUCCCCCACACCGGGAACCGCCACAAUCACUGGGCUGGACUCUACGGCAGGUUGGAGUGGGACGGCUUCUUCAGCACCACGGUUACCAACCCCGAACCCAUGGGCAAGCAGGGCCGCGUCCUGCACCCUGAGCAGCACAGAGUGGUCAGUGUGAGGGAGUGUGCUCGCUCUCAGGGAUUCCCCGACACCUACCGCUUCUUUGGAAGCACCCUGGACAAACACAGACAGGUUGGAAAUGCAGUGCCCCCCCCCCUCUCCAGGGCCAUCGGCCUGGAGCUUAAGAAGUGUGUCAUGCAGAGAUUGAAAGAAGAACAAGCAUCAGAGACUGUCAAACAAGAGAAGAUGGAGGCCUCUGAUUAGUCCCCGGUUCCAUUUCAAGCGAGAUCUGCUCAACAAACCUGAUGCUGCGUGUCAGGGAUCAUUUGUUUUAAAUAAUCUGGCUUUUAACUGCGUCACUAAGUGGCUGCCAUGAACAUUCAGUGCAGUGCCAUUCCAUGUUUGUUUUUAAACUGUGCUUUUAAUCAUUGUGUUGAGAAAGGUACACUUCAUUUGGGAUCAAAUUGUAUGUAGUUUUUAUAUGUGUAAUAUUUCAAAUAAAGCUCUUAUGAAAUGUA